CCUCCUCUACCUCGCACACCCCGCGCUUCUCCUUCCCCUCCCUCCUCCAAUUCUCCACCUCCAACCCCAAAACCCCCGAAAUCUACGGCCUGCUCGAUUUCGUCAUCAAUAAACCCGCACUGAGCUUCACGGCCGACAACAUCAUGGACGAUAUUGACGUGACGCAGGAUGUGGAGUUGAGGAUAUAUGAGAAGGGGGAUCAGAGCGUGGGACGGUUGAGUGGGGGGGAGAGGGAGUGGAAAGGACGGAGGAGGGUUUUGGAUGGGGAGGUGCCGGUUGUUGUGUUUAGUAAAACAUACUGCCCAUAUUCUAAAGGCGCUAAAACUCUCCUUGCGAAAUAUGACCUCUCGCCAGCGCCACAUAUCGUCGAACUCGACCUUCGCGACGACGCCCCCCUCCUCAAAACCCUACUCACCCGCCUCACAGGCCGCGGCACCGUCCCGAACAUAAUCCUCAAAGGCCGGUCCAUCGGCGGGUUCGAUACGUUGAACGAGUUGCAUCGGGAUGGGAAGUUGAAGGGGGUGUUUGAGAAGGCGGGGGUGGUGGUGAGGGGGGAGGUUGAUGGGCAAUGAGUGAGUGUGAGUAGGAUUCUGAGUGGGAGUGGGAGUGGGAGUGGUGUUGUAUUAGGAGUAUGUGCGAGACUGCAUGUCUGGUCGCGGUUUAGGAGGAUGGACAAUUUAUGCGAUCUGAGCGAACAUGUUUUAGGUCCUGUGCUCCGGUAACCCAAACAUCAUCACUUGCG